UCCCGGAGCCGGGCGGACCGCAGCCGCCGCGCUAGGACCAUGCCGCGGGCGCCGCCUCUCGGGCUCCUGCUGGCGCUCGCCGCGCUCCGGUGCCCAGCUGCUGAGAGUCGAGGUGCUAUAGACAGCUUUCAGAGGUUUUCCUCACUGCCCACCUAUCUCCCCGCCAGCUUCCACGUCUCUGAUGCGGAGGAGGCCUUCUUCCUCAAGGAAGCCAACCAGGACCUCACACGCAACACCAGCCUGCAGGCCCGGGCUGCGGCGCUCUUCAUUCACAGAGCCAGGAGUCCCCCUGCCAUCAAUGCCAGCUACGGCCCCUUCUCUCUGGAGAAGACAGUGCCCAGGGAGUUCCUGCUGACCCCCACCCCCUUUGGAAACAUGGAGAAAUUUCCUUUCAACUGGAAGCUCAAAUCCCACAUUCUGGACAGCGCCAUCUACUCCAACAGACCCAAAGUGCAGACCCUGUUCUAUGUGACUGGCAUGGGCUGGGACGACAGUGGCCCUGGGGACGAUCUCCCCUGUGUCAAGAUGUUUGCCUUCCCAGAGGACAGGGAAGUGGCAGCCAGCUGCCGGCUUCAAGGGUCCCCAGGACUCUGCGUGGCUGAGCUGGAACUAUUGCCCGAGUGGUUCAGCUCAGGCCUGGACCUGGAGCCCCAGGAGGAAAUCCCAGCACUGCUGGGGGGCUCGGCCAUGGAGCUAUUCUUUGCCCUCUACCCAGCCAAUGAAGCUGGCCAGUGUCCACUAGAGGAGGAGGGCAAGUGGGAAAACAACAUCCAUUCAGAGCAGGAUGACCUCCAGCCACUGUUCCCUCCCCGGGAAAGGAUUGGCAGUGUGGUGGUCUACCCUACACAGGAUGACCUGCGCUGGUCCUUGGUGAGCUUGGAUGAGAAUGUCGCGCUUUCUGUCCCUCUGAACCUCAUCCAGGAAGGGGACAUGGCCACCUUUUUGGUCUCUCUGACCAGCCGCUCUGUGGCUGACCAGUUCACCCUUCGAAUCAAGGCGGUGGCAGGUGUGAAGAUAAUGGCUGUUAGAGUCAGUGACGAGGACCAGUGGGCCGUCCAAGAAGACAUUGAGCAGGACAGUACUCAGACCACAGCGGCGCUGGCCUGCACGGGUCACCGCCGGGACCCGCAGAACAGGGCAAAUGGCUCCCUGUAUGAGAUUUUGCAAGUGGCCUUUGGAGUUGACAACAGCAGUGGGUUGGCUGGGGCCCAACAAAUCACCUGGCAGGUCGAGUACCCAGCCGAAGACUCCAUGAGUGAGCUCUUCGUCUCUGAGAUCUUCAUCAGCCAGACGACCUUUGUGGGCAUCGUCCCUCUCAUCAUGGACACAGAAGUUUUGAACACCGCCAUUCUCACUGGAAAGCCUGUUUCCAUUCCAGUCAAGGUCGUGGGGGUUGAGGAGGAUGGCUCUGUGGUGGAUGUGUCGGAAGCUGUGGAGUGCAAGUCUGCUGAUGAAGAUGUCGUCAAGGUCUCCAACACCUGUGAUUCUAUCUUUGUGAACGGCAAGGAAAUGAAGAGCAAAGUGGAUACGAUUGUGAACUUCACUCACCAGCACUUCACCUCCCAGGCAGAGGUCACUGUCUGGGUGCCCCGUCUACCACUGCAGAUUGAGAUCUCAGACACAGAGCUGAGUCAGAUCAAGGGCUGGAGGAUUCCAGUGGCCCCCAACAGAAGGCCAACCCGGGAGAGUGAUGACGAGGAGGAUGAGGAGAAGAAGGGGCGCGGGUGCACCCUGCAGUACCAGCAUGCCCUUGUGCGUAUCCUCACUCAGUUUGUGGCUGAGUCUCCUGAGCUAGGUCAACUGACCUACAUGCUGGGGCCUGACUGGCAGUUUGACAUCACUGACCUUGUGACUGAAUUUGUGAAGGUGGAGGAGCCCAAAAUCGCCCAGUUACAGGAUGGCAGGACGCUGGCAGGUCGGGAGCCAGGCAUCACCACUGUGCAGGUCCUCUCACCUCUCUCUGACUCUAUCCUGGCUGAGAAGACGGUGAUUGUCUUGGAUGACCGAGUCACCAUUACAGAGCUGGGCGUGCAGCUGGUGGCUGGUUUGUCCCUUACCCUGCAGCCUCACAGGGCAGACAAGAGGGCCAUUGUCUCCACAGUGGCAGCCCAGGACAUUCUGCAGACCCCACAACAGGAAGCAAUAGUCAGUUCUUGGAUUUUGUUCAGUGAUGGUUCGGUGACACCAUUAGACAUUUAUGACCCCAAGGAUUAUUCGGUGACCAUCUCGUCAUUGGAUGAAAUGGUGGUGUCUGUCCGGCCAACUCUUCGGACAAGCUGGCCUGUUGUCGUUGCAGAGGGUGAGGGGCAAGGGCCUUUGGUGAAGUUAGAAAUGGUGAUUAGUGAGCCUUGCCAGAAGACCAAGAGGAAGAGUGUCCUGGCUGUGGGUAAAGGAAAUGUCAAGGUCAAAUUCGAACCUGGUAUGGAACAGCAAGGAGGCAGCAAUGAUAUUGAGGGUGUAAACCGGGAAUACAAAGACCAUCUCAGCAAUUCCAUAGAGAAUGUGGGGAACCAGGAGCGGGCUGUGCAGGGAUGGCUCCAACAUGGCACGUCCAUUGGCCAUGAGGGCAAGACCAAUGGAAGCACAACCCCACAGUCUCCCAUGGGAGGGAAAGAGAAGAAGCUCCUCAAAGGACACAGCACAGACACCUUCACCAGCUUCCCCACUCAAGGGAAGUUACCUGAACUCAACAACCCUGGUGACCUUACAAUGACCUCGAGGGGGUUAACCGACUUGGAGAUUGGCAUGUAUGCCCUACUGUGUGUUUUCUGUCUGGCUAUCCUGGUCUUCCUGAUCAAUUGUGUGGCAUUUGCUUGGAAGUACAGGCAUAAAAGGUUUGCAGUGAGUGAACAAGGCAAUAUCCCUCAUUCCCAUGACUGGGUCUGGCUUGGAAAUGAGGUGGAACUUUUGGAAAACCCAGUGGACAUUACUCUCCCCUCGGAGGAGUGCACGACCAUGAUAGACAGGGGACUGCAGUUUGAGGAGAGGAACUUCUUGCUGAAUGGAAGCUCCCAGAAGCCUUUCCACAGUCAGCUUCUCAGACCUGCUGACUAUGUCUAUGAGAGAGAGAUGAAAAACGAACCCAUAAAUACUUCAGGCCCCAAAAGGAAGAGGGUCAAGUUUACUUCCUAUACCACUAUCCUCCCAGAGGAUGGUGGCCCAUACACCAACUCCAUCCUGUUUGACAGUGAUGACAACAUCAAAUGGGUGUGCCAGGAUAUGGGGCUGGAGGACUCGCAGGACUUUAGAGACUACAUGGAAAGACUGCAGGACCGGAUGUAAACUCCUUUCUUAUGUUUGUAUUCACCUUUAUGCCUUCUGUUUUCUGAAUGGUGGAGCAGUGAGUCUGACCAGCAAUAGGAGGUGAUUCAGCAGUUUCAUGAGGGGGAUGGGUCUGGAGGGAUCCCUUUCUAGCAGGCAUCUGCGAUUUUCAGAGCUUGGCAGCUGGGUGUCAAGCUGGGAGAUGUCCAUAGGGACUGGGGGCUUUCGAAGGCAGGAAGCCUGGUGACGACAGCUCAGUGUAAGUACAGUAAAUACAGCCCCACAGACACUGUUAGUCACCUCAUCACAAAAGGCCAUGUGUGAUGAAUGUUUUGGGUGGAGAUUUUUCUAUUCUUAGUCCUUUUAAAGCACAGUGGACUCUUACUGCCUUUGGCCCGAGAUGGACAUUGUGGUGGGAGAUGGCUGAAUGUAGUAGCUUCCUUAGUUGUCAGGAGCGUGACACAUUAUUUUUAUAUACAUUUGAACCUGCACCUGUUCCUUUGACCACUGCAAUUUGUUUUCUGAAAAAGGAAAAGAAGAAAUUUCAGUCUUUUGUUUGAGGUCUGUUUGAUUGUCAUAUGAGUUUUAUUCUCGGGGACUUGCCAUGUCUUGCUGUUUCUGGGUGUCCAUGCGGGGUAUCAAGCUUGUUGAGUUUCUCCCUUUAUUGUUCAGGGAUGGCCUAAGACAUGUAUCCUCAUGUUGUUUCUCCUUUUUGACAUUGAACUGUUUUUGUAUAUGAUGGGGACAGGGUUUUACUUGAAAUGUUCAUAUUCUAUGAGGGAGGGCCAUUUCUUUAUAGUUUUUUUUACAUGAAGUUUAACAAAUCUGGAGAAAAGUUGUGAGUCACAUACAUUUAUUUUCAUGGUCUGCUUGUUGAAAAUUCCAGGGCACUUCUGGGGUACAUUUCUGGGGGCAAAAGACCUCAGCACAACUUUAUGGGUACAAGUUGUUUGUGGUCACAAAAUGUGUUAUCCAAACUGAAAUCAAAAAGCAAGACUGUUCAACAAGGCAAGGAAGUUGCCAAGAGGAACAAGAGGCUUUUCAGAACAAAAAAACAAAAUAAUGAACAAAAACAUUAAAAUAAUAUUUCUAGUUAGCAAUAUGUAAAAGCCCAUCCAAACCAUGGCCAAAAAAAGAACCUCAAACAUGAUUUUGACAGAGAUGGAACCUUCCCAAGAUACACUUUGGUAGAGGAAAGCAAUGGACUCUCCCUAAAUUCCUGAAAAUAAACGACUGUUCCAGCACCCAAGAAACAUCUGCUAUGAGCAUAGCAUGGAUAUUAAGAAAUCAAAGUGGCAAGAAAAAGUGAUUUUUUGCAUAAUUUUAAAUAAAAAUGCCAUUUAGACACAUUUCACAAUGGUCUUGAGCGAGAUGAUGGGAUAGCUAGAGAGGCAGCUAUCAGACUAGUACUCAUCAUUAGAGUUAAAUGAGCCAGUUGCAGCUGUAAGAAAUGGAAUUUUAAUGGACCAAAGUAGGAAGGACACACAGGAAGUCACUGGCUCCAAAGGGCUGAUGACCAAGCUUUUCAAAAGAGAUUAUUCUCAUUCCAUCACUCUUUUCAUAAAGCUGCCCAUAGAUGGGGACAUGCCAGCCUGCCUUCUUGCACUGUAAUGCAUCAGCUGAAGAGUUCUUACUGUGACCCCCACCCCCAGCACGGCACUGUGUUUGCAAACUCAAUUGCAAGUACAGGUAGUGAAGUCUGACCUCCAGAAGUGGGAUUUGACUUGCUUCUGUGUUUAAAAGGGGGCUUAGGAACCAAAGCUGUUGGGCUUCCAAAGCCCUUUCCACUGUUACUAGAGAAUGAAGCAGGAGAGGCAAGCACCCAGGCAUGGCUAUCAUCUGUCAGGAAGAACACUCCAGCAGCUGGUGACUUUUGAAAGGGUUUAGGGGAGGGAGCCACAACCGUCAGUGCAGAGCAGCGCAGUUUGUGUGGCUUUCAGAUGAGCCUGUCCUGCUGCAGUGCAAUGAGCCAAUUUCAUUUCUGUCUCCCUUGGGAUCAUCAGCCUGCUAGCAACAAUGGGAAUUCAUUUCUGACAGUGAGGUGCUGCAAAGGAAGCAGUGACAAAGCGCCUGCAGCAGGCUGCUUCCCACUGCUUAGCGAGGUUUGGGUGGAAUUAGACUUUGGGAGGGGAUGAUGGGCAGGAUCAUUUGGGAACAUAAAGAAGGCUCCCCAGUAGGACCAGGAACUGACCGUGGCCAUGGAGUUACCUCUGGAGGUUAGCCUUUGUGGCACUCACCAUGUCUCUAUAUGUGUAAGGACUUAGCCAUCAAACCAAAGUCAAAUGAGAGCUCACAGGAUAGCUCAGUUUUUUCCCCACAUGAUUACACUUACACACACGUAUGAAUGUGUGUGAAUGCUGAGGGGCUGAAACUGAGCCAUUAGUGGGAACCAAGAGAGCAUGUCAGCCAUUCUCAGGUUUGGCAUGAGUGGUAUUCAUGGAAGUAUUAGGUGUUCUGACUAUUUCCUAUAGACUGUAAACAAUGGCUAUAUCACUGAUUUCUGCCCAUCUGUCAAAUACGGCUUUUGUGCUACACUCUGAAAUGGCUGAAUCAAAAUGGGGGAAAUGGUAUAAGUUGGUAGGCCUUAACGUCUAGUUUCCCAGGCAUCAUGUGUUUGCCUGGAUUUUAGUUUUUGUGGCUUAAGUAUCCAAGUUAUGGCUGUUGGUGUAGAACCUGAGGUAAACAAGCAACUUCACACCUCUUCCUUUGUUGAUGCUCAGACUCCUCCUGAUGUGCAUCAGGCCAUGACCUCUGUGGCCACCCAGAGCAAGGCUAAGAUGUGAGACAGACAAUGGUAUCAUGAUCCGAAACAUUUGGAGACUUAUGGUUGCUGUGCUAUAAAAGGCCAGGACACAUGGAUUGAGGAACAGCCGUAACAAGAAAGAACUGGAAUUGAGACACAGGUGCACCGGAUUUCAGGGCAAGAAGAAACACAGUGGUGGCCUCCUCCAGAAGCAAUUCUCAGAAUAUUUUCUAGGCACCCAGAGGGAGGAUCAGGUAUUACACACUGGCCAAGGUUAAUUUGAAAGCAAUGCGAGGGUCUAGGCAGAAAGUUUCUAUUUAUAAACAUGAAGGCAGUGAAAAUAAUGUAUUGAUUUUUACCCCUUAACACAUCUGAAGAUGAAUAAUUUGUUAGAAAAGUCACCUUUCUGUGCUUUGAUAAACAUUAUUGUGUUACUCUUUCAGAAGGGGUCUUUACCAUUUGGCAUGUUGGGACCACAGUACAGCUGAGCUGUGUCCUUCAGUGUGGGGCUACUCGAGCCCCUGCAAUGACCUCAGACAGUGUUAUCUGAAUCCCAUGUACCAUUGAAACCAUUGGAUUUUCCACUCCCAUUGUCUCAAGGGUAACAAUUUCUCAUUCUAGUCUCUGUAAAUGACAUCAUGGCUGCUUUAUAAAUUCAGUAAUUCUCUCUUCCAUUAAACUUGUAUAUGUGUAAUGUAAUAUGUCCCACUUGUUAUGGGAAGGGUGGAUGGUGGGAAAGUAUGCUGAUAUAUAGACAGCAGAUAUUUUUGUAUGUAAUAUAGGCAAUAUACUGAAACUGUGAAAGGUGUAUUGGAAUAAAUACAUUUUAAAAUAAAAGCAUGCAAAACUGUAGCUUUUAAAUGUAGAGAUAUCCAAUUCAAAAAUAUCUACACAUGUGAUGGUAAAAGUUUUGGGACCUGAUACUGAAAAAAUGCAUGCCAUGAGGAAUUCUGACCUAGGAAGGACGUGGCUCAUGUUGGGAUUGUUGAUGGAAUCUGCCGGGACGUUUUGAUCUCAGUCUUCAUGACUUUUGGAAUUUUUUUCUCUGGAAAUAUUUCAAAAAUAAAGUGACUUCACUUUCCAGCAUAAAAGUAUAUUCUAACCACAGGGUAACCCAUCCUUUUUAACCUGACAAUAAACAUUUAAACAUUC